GGUCAGUCAGAGCAUUUCACUCAGGCAGAUCCUCAGACAGCCUUCUCAGGGGUCCUUCAGCCACCCGGAAGAAGCGCCAGUGUUUACAGUCGAGCGGCAGAAACACGUGUGUGAUGAUCAGCACAGGCUGCAGUUACUGCUCUUGACUUUCUGUCUGUCAGCAGCAGCAGUGAAAUAAGCAUCAUGAGAGUUGUUGCGUUGAUCAGUGGCGGUAAAGACAGCUGCUAUAACAUGAUGCAGUGUGUGUCUGCUGGUCACUCUAUAGUGGCCCUCGCCAACCUCAGGCCUGCUGCACACGCUGUUUCAGAUGAGCUGGAUAGUUACAUGUAUCAGACCGUGGGUCACCAGGCCGUGGAUCUGUUCGCCGAUGCCAUGGAUCUGCCCCUCUACAGGCGCACUAUUAAGGGCUCGAGUCUGCAGACGGGCAGAGAAUACAGUCAGACUGAAGGAGACGAGGUGGAAGAUCUCUAUCAGCUGCUCAAGCUCGUCAAGGAGGAGACACAUGUGGAGGCCGUGUCUGUCGGGGCCAUUCUGUCGGACUACCAGAGAGUACGUGUGGAAAAUGUGUGUGCGAGACUGCAGCUCCAGCCGCUGGCGUACCUGUGGCGCCGAGACCAGGCCGAGCUGCUCAGAGAGAUCAUAUCAAGUGGCCUCAACGCCCUCCUCAUCAAAGUGGCGGCGUUCGGUCUGGAUCCAGAGAGACAUUUAGGAAAAUCCCUGGCGGAGAUGGAACCGUAUCUGCACGAGCUUUCAGAGAAGUAUGGAGUUCAUAUCUGUGGGGAAGGAGGCGAGUAUGAGACCCUCACCAUUGACUGUCCGCUCUUCAAGAAGAAGAUUGUCAUUGACUCUGCGGAGACCGUCAUCCACUCGGCCGACGCCUUCGCUCCUGUCGGAUACCUGCGCUUCACACGCAUGCACACCGAGGACAAAAAAGAAGGCUCCGGAGGGCGGCCGCUGCCUCUCAGUAGAUGUCCUUGCCAGAACGCCAUUGACAGGAUGACAGAAGAGCUGGAAUAUGCUGAUAAAACUCCAGACGUCCAGGGAGGAUGUCCAUCAAACACUGAGCACAGUUGUCAGUCGGAGCAGGGUUGUCUGCCGUCACACUCAGGCAGGAGUUCAGCGGGUUACCAGUGGAUAACCGGUCUGACGGCGCUUCAGUCCGAACACACGGACGUCCAGAGCCAAACCCGGCACGUCUUCACACUCCUGCAAAGGCGGCUGCAGGAGAACGGCUGGCUGAUGAAGCAUGUGCUUCUGGUUCAUCUCUACGUCAGUGACAUGGAGAACUUCAGCCAGAUCAACUCGGUGUAUCGCACCUUCUUCGAACACAAUCCACCGGCGAGGGUCUGCGUCCAGGCGUCGCUCCCGGUCGGUCAGCAGCUGCUGAUGGACGUUCUUCUUCACGAGCGGACGGCAGCAUGCGAGAACGACAGCUUCCCUCCGAGAGACACGCUUCACGUCCAGAGUCUGUCUCACUGGGCCCCGGCCAACAUCGGCCCCUACAGUCAGGCCGUGCGGGUGCAGGAGGCGCUAUUCUGCGCGGGACAGAUCGCUCUGAUUCCCUGCUCCAUGCAGCUGCUCGACGGGCCGCCGGCGCUCCAGGCUCGGCUGUGCUUCAGUCACAUGGAGAAGGUUCUGCGUGCCGUGAGCUCCGGACUCACGCUGGCUCACGUGCUGCAGGCGCACAUCUACGUCACUCACCGCGAACACACAGCGGCCGUCACGGCAGCCUGGAGCAGAAACCUGCAGGAAGUCCAGGAGGACAGUGACGGUGAGGCGCAGAUGGAGGUCAGCGUCACAGUGGUUCCAUCUUUACCCAGAGGAGCGGCGGUUGAGCUGCAUGUCAUCGCUGUGCAGGACCGUCCCGCAGACAGACUGUCCCAUUGCAGAGUCUCAGAGGUCCCGGGCGGGACCGUUGAAUGCCGCCUGGUGCAGUCCAGCUGCGGUCGAUACGCCUCUGUGUCUCUGAGCGUGUGUUUCAGCACUGCACACGCAGCAGCCGAGAGCAUCAUGGAUGCGCUGAUUUCCUCCUACCAAAAUGCUGUUCAGAAGACGAAGAAUAUUUCGGCACUGUGUGCCAGAGUUUUCUAUAAGAGCCACGACACGUCCGUCACAGAGAUCGCCACAGGGCUGGAGCGGCUCCUGAGCGGCCGUCUGGAUGGAUCCGGUCCUGCUGUGGCGCUGGUUCCGGUUGAAGACCUGCCGGACCGCGUCGUCCUGCACGUCUCCUGCUGGCUCAGCGUGUAGAGGAGCUUCAGUGCAUCAAGCGCCGGACUUAAACCUGCUGCUGAUGUCAAGCUCAGAUCGAGUCCUCUCAUUGGAUGUCUGUUUGUUUAGCAGACAAACAGAUGUUUAGCAGGAUGUUUGCACUGCUCUUUUCCAUUCAAUGAAAGGUGACAUGCCCAUUCACACCAAGCCAAAUAGAUUUUGAAUGCAACUUUCAAAAAACAACAAAUAUAUAUUUUUAAGAUUUGAUAAUUAAGUUACACGAUUAGGCUAGUGUUGGUACAAAAUUAUUAGUGUCCCAAAGCCGUCACCAUUUAGUACAUUUCGCCGUUAUGAUGCCAAAAUAGGUAUUUUUUUUCAUACAACUGGUUGGGGGAAUUGGUCCAAAAUUUUUACAAAACAUCAAUUUGCCAACAUAACAAAACUGAACAGUAUAAAAAGGGUCAUGUCAUUAAUUUUUUUUUAUUAUUUUAAUAUUCCUUGAGGUUCACAUAUAAAACUUUUUGCACAUUAAAAAAACCAUCUGAAAAAACAAUUAUUUUCUACCCUCAUUAUGUCUGAAAUUACCAGUUUUUUUAGGGCGUGGCUCCUUUAAGACUUGUCAGUAAUGUCAUUGCAUAGGAAACAGUAUCAAUGCCCACAUUUGCUAUUGCACACGAGUAAGUGUUUUGAAAACAUCGAUAUAAAACUGUAAUUUACAGACAGCGUUUACUACAGUAACUUGAGUAAAGUUUAGCGAGUGGGUCUCUGAGCUGGUGUGAGUGAUAAUUUGCAUAUUCAUGGAAAUUGAUUUCUGGCUUAAAACACAGGAAAAGAAGAAGCAGAAACAAG